UGUGUGUUUGACUCAGAGAGAGAGAGGGGUUCUGCUGUACUGAAGGAAGGAGGAGUAUUUGCUGUCCAUACUGUGGAGGAGUUUAAUUACCAAGGAGCUGCUGAUGGCUUGGGGACACACCAGUUGAGAAUUAAUCAACCCUCCUUGGAUAUUUCCUCACUCUUUUCCUAUUCCUUAGGACAUACCUAUCACCCAAAAUGGACUACAAUUCGUGACUUUGUGAUUUAUUUAUUUGGCAUUGUGGAAUUUAGUGUUUGGUGGUGGGGCGUUUUUUGUGUUUUCGAAGUAUUGUCUGGCUGGCUGGUCGAGAACCCUUGGAAGAACAGUGCUGCUGAGGGGAAUGUCACUGCAGGACGUUUCUACACAGCAGUUCUUCUGACCCAGCAUGUAGCAGAGGAGAACAAAUCCCUUCACGCCUGGGAACAAUCACACAAGAUCAUGGGGAAUUCGUACGCAGGGCAGCUGAAAUCUGCUCGCUUCGAGGAGGCCCUCCACAACUCCAUCAAGGCCUCCCUACGCUCCAGCAGUGGAGACCCACAGCCCAUCUUCACUCAGCUAUACCUGGAGCCUGACCAGUAUCCUGGCAACAUGGAUGAUAUAAAGCCCAAGGUGGACCUGUACCUGCCGUGCGGGGAGCCUACGGGUCAGGAUCUGCUAAACGGCCAGGCCUCUAACGGUCUGGAGGAGCUGGAGGAGGAGGACGACUCUGACACCAGCAGCCCUCCCCUGCCCUACCUACACCAGGGCCCCACGCCCGACGGCUGCUGCACUAUGGAUGGGUUCUGUCAGGCUGGAAAGGACCUCCGUCUGGUCUCCAUGGCGAUGGAACCGAUCGAAGUCCCAGCUGGCUUCGAGCUUGUCGGUGCCAAGUCCUCCAGCGUCCCAGAGCACAUCCUGGUGUGUGCCGUGGACAGGCGGUUUCUGCCUGAUGAGAACGGGAAAAAUGCACUUUUAGGGUUUUCAGGGAACUGUGUUGGCUGUGGGGAGAAGGGGUUCCGGUACUUUACUGAGUUCUCCAACCACAUCAACCUGAAGCUGGCCACACAGCCCAAGAAGCAGAAGCACUUAAAGUACUACCUGGUGAAGAACUCUCAGGGUGCUCUGUGCAAAGGACCCCUCAUCUGCUGGAAAGACUGCAAGACGCGUCAGUUCUCCAGCAGCAGUGUGUCCACCUCCAAGCCCAGCUCCUCAUCCUCCCUGAUCAGCAAGGAGAAUGGAGGCACCAACGGACACAGCUCUUCCCCUUUUUCCCUCUCAGACUCCCCACCUACUAGGACUCCCUCUGCCGCCUCUGUGUUCUUCUCAGCCCAGGACCUGGCCCGAGACUGCAGCUUCCUCAAGCCUCUGGCCUCUACCUCUGGGGGCAAGACUCUACCAAUAGUACCCACGGCUUUAAGAGUGAACGGGCCGCCCAACGGACUGGGUGCAGACAGCCACCCCACUUUAUUGAGCCCCUCCCAGGUGUCUCUGGGACCCCAGGGACAGGGGUACAGAACCUCCGACCUAGGAGACAACCCUGUUUCCUCUGCAAUGAUCUCAGGCCCGCCCAAGAAGCGCCACCGCGGUUGGCACCCUAACCCCCUGGUGCCAGUCCCCCCUACAGCCGUCCCUGUGCCCGCCAUCCGACCCAUCGUCUGCUCCCCAGGCUCUGUGCUGGCCAUGCCCACUCCUCAGCUGCCUGUAGCAGGGGUCCUUCAGCCCCAACCCCUCACUGCUGGAGAGACUGUCAUCGUCCCUGACAACCUGCUCAACACCUCAGGAGUCCGGCCUGUUAUCCUCAUCGGGCACGGCACAUUACCAUACUUCUAUGGGAACGUGGGGGACAUUGUGGUGAGCCCCCUGCUGGUGAGCUGCUAUAAGGGCAACCAGUUGACUGAGAAGACACUGGCCAGCCUGGGACUGACUGGCAGCCAGCUACUCAGUGUGGAGACCAUGAUCCUCCUCACCCUGCAGUACCUUGCACGGCUAGGUUCGGAGCAGAUCCCUCUGAGGGAGGAGUUUGAGCAGAUCGUGCUGAAGGCCAUGUUAGUUUGUCCUGGAGGUCCCUCCAUCUCUCCGGCCCAGCUGCCCUGGCUGGCCCGCCUGGAGGCCAGUGUCUCUGGGGGCAGUGUCCAGGUCCUGGUCACCUACAACUCCCUGGGGGAAGGCAUCUCGGAGUCCCUGCGCUCACUUUGUGACGGGCCGCCCUACCAGCAGUGCCUGCCCACCUACGUGGUUAUUGUGUGUACCUCCAAGAUGAGCGGCAACGAGUUCUGUGUGCUCGUGCUGGGGAAGUACCAGGCACGAGCGCUAGCCGAGGGGAUGCUCACCACCAAUGAGUUCCUGAAGGAGAUCAGCUACGAGCUCAUAACAGGGAAAGUCAGUGUCCUGGCGUCUCACUUCAAAACCACCUCACUAGGAGACAACCUGGACAAGCAGCUGGUGCGUAUCCAGCGGCGACGGAAGGGCCAGGUCAUCCAGCCUUUCCAGGGCGAUGUCACUGACCACAUCCACUCCCAUGAGGCAGCCACCAUGGUGCCACCCUCCGAGUCAGAGCUGCUGAGUGAGGUGUUUCAGAUCCACCCUCCCCAGCUCAGUGUAGCUAGGAGCCUGCUCUCCCAGGUGUGCUCCAUAGCAGACUCAGGCAGCCAGAGUCUGGACCUGGGACGCUUCUGCAAGGUGGACUUCCUGGUUCUGGUUCCCCCGUCUCACGUCCUGGUGAACCAGACCGCUCAACGCAUCCGACAAUCAGGAGUUCUAGUCGACCUGGGUAUAGAGGAUGCGUCCUCAGCCCACCAGAGGUCCGACAAGUAUGUGGUGCGUCUAGACGGAGAAGUCCACGGCAAGAUGGAGGCCUUCAUGAGGAAGGUCAAACAGAACCCCUACACCCUGUUUGUCCUCAUCCACGACAACUCCCACGUGGACCUGACCAGUGCCCUGUCCGGUUCGGUGUGCCAUGGGGAGCUUCAGGGUCUGGCUGACAGGGUGGUAAACUGCCAGGAGGUCCUGGAGGCUAUGAACCUGCUGGUUCUGCAGGUCAGCUGCUUCCCAUUCACCCUGCAGACAAGACAGUCCCGCAUCAGCGUCCACAAUGAGGUGCACUGGCCAGCCAACACAGGGGAGCUGUCUCUUAAGGAGCUGGUGUACUUUGGCCUGAGGGACUACAGCAGCUCUCUGCAGUGGGGGGUGGCCAGCCCCAUCCUGCGCUGUGACGACGCCUUCGAGAAGAUGAUCAGCACACUGCUGGAGAGACACCCCCACCUACACAGCAUGGUGAUCAGGAGCUACCUGUUGAUCCAGCAGUACACGGAAGCCAUGAUGGCUCUAACCUCCUCACCUUCACUACGGGACCACAUCACCCCAGAGACCCUGGCCAUGGUGGAGGAUCUGAUCAGUGCCCCGGGCCGGGAGGGGACCAGGGGCCGGGGCCACAUGCUGCUGGUCCGGGUGCCCUCUCUGCAGCUGGCCAUGCUGGCCCGGGAGCGCCUGGAGGACGUCAGGGACAAGCUGGGUCUUCAGUUCUGCUUCGCCGUGCUGCUGGGGAGCCCUGCCGCCGAGCUCAGCCUUCCACGACACUUCGCUAACCGACUCAGGGCCUGGCGGGGCUGUGAAAGUGAAGACUGGGUCCCUCACACCUAUGAGGAUCUGGAGGGUCUUCCCUGCAUUGUCAUCCUCACUGGAAAAGACCCUCUAGGAGAAACCUUUCCAAGGUCCCUGAAGUACUGUGACCUGCGUCUGAUCGACUCCAGCUACCUGACGCGUACGGCCCUGGAGCAGGAGGUGGGUCUGGCCUGCUCCUACGUGUCCCUGGGGUUGGUAAAGGAGCCCUGCAGGUCCAUGGCCCCCAGGGACCCAGAGACAGAUAAGACCAGCGGCCCCCAGGAUCCAGACCUAGAGCUGCACAUGGACCUGGAGAGGCCCCAGAGCAACGGCAGCGUUGCUACCAAAGGCUCCGGUUCUCUGGCAGAGAACAGGGUCAGCUCCUCUGACAUCCCUGACUCCUCCCAGAAGCCUUCCACCUCCUCCUGCCACCCCGGAGGCAAGGCGGGCAGCAUCAUGAUGGAAGAAGGGACAGGUCCGGGCACGACCUCAUCCUCCCCCCGCCGGGUCAAACAGGAGUGUGACUCCCUGGGCAGUGCCACCCCCCGCCCCUCCAACGCCCCUCCCUCCUUCUGCUCCUCCUCCUCCUCUUCCUCCUCCCCCUCCUCCUCUUCGACCCAGCACCCCAGCCAGUCUACGCAAUGCGGCCGCGGCAGCAAGUCGCCUCGGGUCUCUCCCCGGACUGUCAUCCUGUCGCGAGCGGCCUACAACCUCCUGGCAGGAGAAUCAGGGAGCCAGCUGAGCUCCUUCUCCCUGCUGCCUCACGCCGAUGUGGGCUGGAGCAGCCCACUGAGGCCCCUCUUCACCCCUAACUUACAAGGGUCAGAGCAGAGCCUCUUCUACAGACAGUGGACCGUAGCCAGGCAGCACCAUGCCGACCACGAGGCCCCCCCGGGGCCACACCCACGACGCCUGCUGCUCAGCGGACCCCCACAGGUGGGGAAGACAGGUGCCUACCUGCAGUUUCUACGCAUCCUGUUCCGCAUGUUGAUUCGACUGCUUGAGGUGGAUGUGUAUGAUGAAGAGGAGGAGCUGGAGGAAGCGAUGACGGAUAUGUCCGAGGCCACACCCCCAGCCAGCACCCAGUGGCCAGACAUCGAGGAGAUCCGCAAACUGCCCUUCGACCUCUUCCCCAGAGAUCCUAAAUUCAGAAGGGCCAGCGCUGUUUACACUGACAAGAUGCAAAAGGGCUUGAAAGAUCCUAAACUGGAAGGAGAGAGCAAAAUGCCUGUGAAGAGGGAAACGGUGUCGAUACGGCUGAGUAUGUUCGCAGCCCACAAUGCAUUUCACCAUUGUGAGCAGUGUCACCAUUACUGUGAAGCCAGCCCAGCCACACAGCUGUCAGAGUGCACCUUCCACGCCUUCACGUUCUGCUCUUCCAUGCUGGGAGAGGAGGUUCAGCUUCACUUCAUCAUCCCCAAGGCCAAGGAGAAGCACUUUGUCUUCAGCCAGCAGGGAAGCCACCUGGAGAGCAUGAGGCUGCCCCUCGUCUCUGCUAAGGACCCCAGUCUGUUGAAAAGUCCCAUCUUCACCCCGACCACGGGGCGCCAGGAGCACGGCCUUCUCAACAUCUUUCACGCCAUGGAGGGCACCGCCCACCUCCACAUCCUAGUGGUCAAGCAGUAUGAGAUGCACCACUACAGGAAAUACUGGCCCAACCACAUCCUGCUGGUGCUGCCUGCCAUGUUCAACAGCGCCGGAGUUGGGGCGGCUCGUUUCAUGAUCAAGGAGCUGUCGUACCACAACCUGGAGCUGGAGAGGAACCGUCUGGAGGAGCAGGGGGUCAAGAGGCAGGACGUCUGGCCCUUUAUAGUAAUGAUGGAUGACUCCUGUGUGCUCUGGAACGCACACCAACCCCAGGACAGCAGCAGUGAUAUGGCAGACACUGGGCCCAGUCUGACCAACGUGUCUUUAAAGACUGUGCUGCAGCACAUGGAGGCCACUCCUAAGAUCUCCCUCUACGCCAUGUGUGGCGCCCGCAAGUGGAGCAGUGCCCUGGCCCGCCGCCUGCCAGCCCUGCCCUUCUCCCGAUGCCACCUUCACGACUUUGUCAUGCUCAACAUUGAGCUGACGCAGAACGUCCAGUACGACCUCAACAGGUACAGUUGUGAGGAGGUGGACUUCAACCUGAGAGCUAACAGCAGUGGUCUGCUGCUCUGUCGCUUCAACCACUUCAGCUUGAUGAAGAAACAAAUUCCCUUUGGAGGACACAAGGACUUCCUGGUCAAACCCAAACUCAUGGUGAUGGAGAACCCAACACCCAUCAGCCCGCCCCAGUAUAUCUGUGCCCCAGACAGUGAACACACCCUCCUGGCCGCCCCGGCUCAGUUCCUCCUGGAGAAGUUUCUCCAGAGCUGCAGCCACAGACUGUUCCCCAAGGCAGUACAGAACAGUAGCAACCCCGUGCUGUCCAUAGACAGCUACCUCAACAUAGGCCCUGAGGUGUCAGUGUGCUACGUCAGCUCCAGACCACACUCCAUUAACCUGGACCACCAGGGUCUGGUCUUCAGUGGCCUGCUGCUCUACCUGUGUGACUCCUUUGUCGUCUCUGGCCUCCUCAAAAAGUUCAGCUUCCUCAAAGGUGCCACGUUGUGUGUGAUCUGCCAGGACCGUAACUCUCUGCGUCAGACAAUCGUGCGGCUGGAGCUGGAGGACAAGUGGCAGUUUCGUCUGCGGGAUGAGUUCCAGACGGCCAACUGCAGCGAGGACCGGCCCCUCUACUUUCUCACAGGACGCCAUGUUUGACCCUGAGACUGCUGCCAGACCUGCCCAACCGCCCUCCUGUCCCAUCCACCCUAACCACUGAUCUCAGACCAGUUAACAAUCAUGACGAUUCCCUGUCUGUUAGAGGAUACAACCACUGUUCUCAGAUCUGUUUAGCUGACCUCCUGUCAGACACUAAUCAAACAGGAGUAUAACAUUACAUUUACAUUUAAGUCAUUUAGCAGACAUUACAGUUAGUGACUUACAGUUAGUGCAUACAUUA